AUGGCGGCGGAGGGGGCUGACCAAGGGCAGGGGGAGGAGUUCGGGGCCUGGGAGGAGCGCCAGAAAGCCGAACGGAGGCGCGCAGCGCAGGCAGAGCUGGCCGAGUUUAACGCGCAGCGGCAGCGCGAGCUGGAGGCGAGGCGGCAGGAGCGUGCAAAGCAGGCCGAGGCUGCAAGCCAAAAGGAUGCCACUCCAGCUUCAGGAACACUCGGCGGGUACGUGUCUGCGCCAGCGGUGCCGGAGCCCUUCAAGGCUUUGGUGCAGGCUUGUGGCAGCUCCGAGGAGAUGAUGCGGAUGCUGUCCAACCCAGCAGUGAUGGCGGCACUCCAAGGGAAGGCCCCGGAGGCACCCAGCGUGGCGGCCGCCAAGCAAAAGGUCGAGGUGCGCGUCCGCGAGGCCGGCGACGCAGCUGCAGCCUUUCGCCGAGUCUUGCUGCCGGUGGAAGGCCCUGUAGAUUAG